UGAAGGAGAUGCGCGUACUGCGCAAAACUAGUACAACUGUGAUGAUGUAAUUUGUCAUGAGUCACAAAGUAUAAUUGUAGCACGAUUGUGUUGAUCAAAAAUCUGCAGUGAUCGAAUGAAUAUAUGAUUAUAUAUUACAAUUAUUACCAAAGAAUUCAAAUUGAUAGAAUAAAUAUGUUUGUCUAAUGUUACGCAUUUAUCAGAUUCUAGAACCAAAUAGUUUCCGCGGUUGGAAUAAGCCUAUACUUACUCACAAUUUAGACGCAUUUGCCCAUAUGCACUACGCCAUUUGUACUGUGUUAGCGGAACAAUUGAACUUCACGCUAAACUUGACUCUGUCUGCCGAUUAUGGAUGGAAUUACGGUAACGGGACGUAUAGCGGUUUAAUAGGACAACUGCAAAAAGAAGAAAUCGACUUUACUGCUGCCGGUGGUCUUAUGAGAUCAGAUCGAAUGGAUGUUGGUGAUUUGACCGUCGGGACAUUCGUAGCACGAACUGUCGCAAUUUUCAAACAACCUCCUCUUUCCAGUGUCAAUAACGUUUUCACCCUACCAUUCGUGCUUAACGUCUGGAUAGUGAUGUUUACCGUGAUGUCAGUAUUUACCGUGGCUCUGAUAUUUCUCAUAUGGACGUCCAAUUGGUUACACGGCGUAGAAACGCGACUUUCGAUCGCACUAGAUAUGGUCACCUUGGUCUUAGCCGCUAUUUGUCAACAAGGCCUGUCGGUGGCGGCUGCCCAAUACUCAGGCCCUGCGCGGUUGGCCACAUUCACUCUGUUCCUGUGCGCAGUAUUCUUGUUCACGUCGUACGCGGCUUGCAUCGUAGUUAUGCUUCAGUUGCCCAGCCAGACGAUCAACACAGUCAGAGACUUGGCAGACAAACCGAUUACGUUCAGCGCACAGGACACUAAACACAAUUACAUAUACUUCAAUGAAACGGUCGAUGAAAAUAUUAAGAAAAUCUAUCGUGAAAAGAUGAAACCACAGGGUGCGAGGGCGUUUACUAGUCCUGAGAUAGGCGUAGAACGGGUUCGAAACGAAUUUCAUUCGUAUUUGGUGGAAAUCACAUCAGCGUAUUAUAUUAUAGCUAAAACAUGGCAAGAACAUGAAAAAUGCAGUUUAUCUGAAACGGAGCUAUAUAAAAUACCACUUCUUACGUUAUAUGUCGUAAAAAAGUCAGGAUACAAAGACGUAUUUAAACAAAAGAUGAUACAGCAACACGAAAUCGGCUUAAAAGAUCGAACCGUCAAGAGUAUAAUGCCACAGAAGCAAAAGUGUGUUUCAGCCAACUCUGGCGUAGCACGUUUCGACAGCGUUUCCAUGAAAGAAAUCUAUCCAGCAUUAUUAUUUCUCGGUUACGGUAUAUUCACUUCUUGGCUAUUAUUGUUAUUUGAACACAUGUAUAAGACCCACGUGGAUAAAAAAAAUACAUAGUAUUAUUAAGAAAAUUAAAUAAUCAAUUUGUUAUUGUCAUAUAUUAA